GAGUCAUUAGGCACCAGACCCUGAACGCCUAGAGAGAGGGAUGGUUGGUCUCCUCAUGCCAAUGAGGUUUAGACCAUGUUGAGCCCUACUUUUCUUUAUGGCUCCAUCUUCAUUAUUGUCUUGCUCAUCUGGCAAGUGAAAAGGAGUUAUGAUGGAGUAAGGCUGGAACCUAAAAGGAGCUGCUGCCGGCGUCAUCGAAAAGUCAGACAAAGGGCUAGAGAUGCAGCAUCAAGAGCUAGGAGACGUUCCCAGAAAGAAGCUGAGAGGCCGUGGGAGCUGCUCUCUGUCAUGAAAAGCCAGAGCUGGCUUCCUCGGGAGGGGAGUGUACGGAGGCUCCUGUGUGCAGAUUCCUGCUGCCAAAUCUGCAAUGCCAUGGCUCUGGAGAUUCAGCAGUUGUUGGUGGGUGAGAACACCCUGAUCUCUUCCACUUCACCGAGGCCAUCACAGGGCUCCUCCUGCCUAGAGGUCUUGUCCAUGUCUACUGUGUCUUUUGAGCAGAGCCUAGAGCAUCAUUCCCCACAAUCCAAAGACCUUUCACUUCCAUCUGCAACCCCCACAGUGUUACAGUUAAUGGAUCAGAGAUCCUUAACACAGUCAGCUGCCCAGUCCGCAGGUGAGGUCAGCCUCCAUGAUUACUGGGCUGAAUACAUCCAGCUAGGGCGGGAAUUUCAAGUGCUAGAGAUGACCAGGGGCGCAGAGAUGAUAUCUUCUUCAAGGUUGGAGGAGCCUAGGAUCCCAGGGAACCAGCAGGAGAUGAUGCAGAGCAACCCCAGCCUCGUCUACGGGAACCAAGGUCAGCAGCCCUUGAAUUCCCAGAUCUCUCUGCUGACUCAGAAUGGAGAAAUCACCACCCUGACACACCCUCUGGCCUUGCAUAUGGUCACUGUCCUCCCUGCCCACCUGCCAUUCCUCAGUCCUGAAUUACGGCACAAGUAUCUGGCCUUCUUGUCAGGGCUGCCUGCUCUCUAUUAUGUGGCUCUCUCCAGGGCCAUGGCCCCGGCAAUCACUACCCAAGCUCUAAUCACAGACAAGGUGCCUGGGCCACUCCAAUUCCUCAUGGAACCUCUGACCCAGGUGACGUCACAUGCAGAGCAGUGUCGAAGUCCUGCGGCACGCUUUCAAGACGCCAAUGAGACUUGUGCAGACUCUGCAGAUGAAUUCCAGGCUGAAGUGCAGGUGGAAGAAAUGAUCGAGACAGCGCCUCUGGAAAGCCAGACGGAGCCUGCGAGCCGUUACUCACUCAAAAAACCCAUCUUGGCCAAACUAAAUUUCCACUUGAGAAAGAAGAUCCUAGAGACACAACUGGGAAUUCCCGUAAGAGCAAAGGCAUCCAGGGAACAAACCCUAGCAAUCCCAGAGAACAUUUCCACACAGAAGUCUCUUGGGAGUGUAAUCAACCCAGGAAAAACACUGCUCCAGAAACUCCCCAUCACAGCAGACACGCCUCAUAUCCCAGAUCCAGAAUGGCUCCAUCUUAAACAACAGCUGGCCAGUGAGUUAAAGGCAGUGCAGAAGAGCCAGAAGCACCCUAGUUCCAGAGAAGUACACCAUGGUUCUGCCCAUGGGGCCUCCAAGAUCUCACAGCCCAGUGGGGACGUGACAGAGGCCCAGGUGCUUUGUGUUCAGCUGGAGGCCAGUGUGAACCUCCCCAGCCUGGUGGAGCCCUGGAGCCCUGAGCCCCAAAGCCCUGGCAAGAGCAAUGACUCAGCCCAAGUCCCCACGCUCGCAGGAAAGAGAGAGGACCCGGGGAAACCCAAAUCGGCAGGGGACCAUGGAGAAGGGGAUGCAGGGUUUGCGUUCUCCUCAACAAGAGAAAAUGGCCACCCUGCCGAAGCCCAGAGGCCAGAAGGGAUGCUUCUGCACAGGACACCCCGCAACCCCUGGCGAUGGAGCCAUAGCUUUCACCUUGAAGCUCCCUGUCCACACAGUCCCGAACGUCGCCCUCAGCUUAAGCCCCCAGAGCUGACUCCAGGAGUCCCUGGGGGGCAGGAUUCUGAGAAGAAUGACCCGCAAGACAGUCAAACCAAGCUCAACAUCUUCCUCAAUCCAGCAGGGACUCCUGAACGUGCACAGCCUGUGGGGCCCCAGGCGUCCCAGAGCCAGCAUUUCCUGGGCCAACUCAUUCAGGGUAAGCCACUGCAGGGCCAAACUUUGCAAGGUCACGUUUUGCAGGGGCAGGUGAUGCCAGUCCAUACUCACAAGAGGCCUGGCCUCCCGGAAUCUGGCUUGAGAAAUAAGAUGAAAUCCUUUCUGCACUGGAUUAACCCCAAGACAAAAGGCAAAGACCACAAGGAAUCCAUGUUCUCUAAAGCUGAGACUGUGGCCAGCACCAGAAAAGAACAUGUAGAAAAGAGCCUGGCUCUGGCCAAAAGUCCCACAGGGCGACCCAAGACACAGAAGACAAGAAGGGACCCGAAUGCCCAAUCUCCCAACACUGAGAAGCAGGUCAGCGUGGCCUUCUGGGAUGGCACCCCUUCCCCAGACAGUAAGCUCCGGCACUGCUCCCACUCCCAUCAACUCCACUCUGUCUCAGUCCUGGGUCACCCCCGCCACUGCCCUCGCCACUGUCCUCGAGUGGCGUGUGCCACUCACCCAGGGAACCCACCCGAAUUCUCAACUCUCCCCUCAGAGGGAAACAUUGGUCUACUCAAGGAGACCCAGCACAAUCAAAAGACACUGUAGGUUCCCCAAUGUCUGCAUCACUUGA